UCUUAAUCUGUCCACAACUUUCCAGUUGCAGAGUUGCUCACAAUUAAAAGUGACUUACAGCACAUUCCACAUUCAAUUAUUUGACCUAAGAAAACAAAGUCAGAGAAUUUUAAAUCAUGACAUGUUGGGGGAGAGGAUGUCGUUUUUCUUGAUGGAAAACAUUACUGAACUUUGCUGAAGGGGAAAUACGUUUGAGAUCAUAGAGCUUUUCAUUAUGGCAGUUACUACUAACAUUUAUCAAUAAAAUAUCAGUUUCCUUCUGAUUUUUCUAAUUUUAGAGGUAAAAUGUAGCCUCCCACCGUUUAUGAAUGGAAUCCAGAAGGGGUUGGAAAUGAGCAAAGAAUUUAAAUACAGAGCAAAUGUAACCUUGGAGUGUGAAGAUGGGUAUACUCUGGAAGGCAGCCCCUGGAGCCAGUGCCAGGUGGAUAACACCUGGGAAACCUCCUCUGGCCACAUGUACAUCUCGCUCACAUGGCACUCUCAUUAUUGGCACAUCCUUUGGUGUGAUCCUCUUUAUUGUACUCAUCAUUGUUUCCUGUUGGAUGAUUCUAAAGUGCAAAAAAGGUUUUACAGCAGAUGUUCAGGAGCAGGAUGUGCAGGCUACGUUUCUGCUGGUUGUGAUAUAAAUUGCUGACACUUGUCCAGUCCUUGUGGUCAGGGACAUACCUAGGUCAGGGAGGAACUGCAACUGCUGAUGUCUACAAAAGACUCAUAAGGAAAUUUUUAAUACGUAAUUUUUCUAUGAGUCUUAAAUACAGCCCAUUCUAUAAUUGCUACUUGAUUAGUAUGGGUUUUUUUCAACCACUGCUGUAAUUCCCCACUGUUACGUACUCAUUGAGGUUGUAUUCUCUCACACCCCAUAUAUAACUCAUCAUCCAAGACAACUUUCAGACCAUUACUUAUCUCACCACAGAAUCACUGCUCCUUGGAAGCCCAUACCACCUGGAUGUACAACCCUCUCCUUCCUCAUACUGGAUCUCAAGUUUGCCUUUCCUCAUCCUGUGAAAACUUUGGCUCCUGACUCACACUUUUCUUUUUUGUCUUA